CCCUCGGCGACGGUGGGUAGCGGCCGGGCCGCUAGGCCGUUGUUGGCGCGGGGCGGCCGAGGCGGCUGUGGCGGCGGCGUUCCCGCUGGGCUCCGAGGGUCUAAUGCAUCCCAGGUUGGCCUUGAACUUACUAACUUACCAUGUCGCCAAGAGGGUUUUGAACUUCUGAUUCUUCUGCCUCCGUAUCCCCAGGGGAAGAGCCAAGAUGGCCGAGUUUCCAGAUGACCAGGCUGCUCGGCUGUGUGACAACUGCAAAAAGGAAAUUCCUGUGUUUAAUUUUACCAUCCAUGAAAUCCACUGUCAAAGGAACAUUGGUGUGUGCCCUGUCUGCAAGGAGCCGUUCCCCAAAUCUGACAUGGACGUCCACAUGGCCACAGAGCACUGUCAGGUGACGUGUAAAUGUAACAAGAAGCUGGAGAAGAGGCAGUUCAAGCAGCACACGGAGACCGAGUGUCCUCUGCGGCUCGCCGUCUGCCAGCACUGUGAUCUGGAGCUUUCUGUUCUCAAGCUGAAGGAGCAUGAGGAUUACUGCGGCGCCCGGACAGAGCUGUGUGGCAGCUGUGGGCGCAAUGUGCUGGUGAAGGAGCUGAAGACUCACCCUCAAGUCUGUGGGAGGGUGGAGGAGGAGAAGAGAAAUGAGGCGGCCAUCCCUCCUGACGCCUACGAUGAGCCGUGGAGUCAGGAUGGAAUGUGGAUUGCAUCCCAGCUCCUCCAACAAAUUGAGGCCCUGGACCCUCCCAUGAGACUCCCGGGAAGGCCCCUGAGAGCCUUUGAGACGGACCCUUUCUACAGUGGGACUGUCAGCCAGAGGAACAUGGCAGCCCAUUUCCCACUUGAGAAUAAUCUGUUUGAAGAACAAGAGAGGCAGGAGAGGAACCGAAGCCGGCAGUCCCCAAAAGAGAGUGGGGAGAAUAGUGCACAUUUGGACUUCAUGUUGGCCCUGAGUCUGCAGAACGAGGGACAGGCCUCCAGCAUGGCGGGACAGGGCUUCUGGGGGGCUGGGCCAGAGGCUGGUCCAGCACGUGGUGGGCCCUCUUCUCUGGGUGACCAAAAGGGUGCAGCUGACGAGACCCUGCUGCCCUGUGAGUUCUGUGAGGAGCUGUACCCGGAAGACCUGCUCAUCGACCAUCAGACAAGCUGCAACCCUUCACAUGCCUUACGUUCACUCAAUACUGGCAGCUCUUCCCUCAGGGGGGUUGAGGAUCCUGGUGUCAUCUUCCAGAACUUUCUACAACAGGCAACAAGUAACCAGUUAGACACUCUAAUGGGCCUGAACAGUGCAGCUGCUGUGGAAGACAGCAUUAUCAUCCCCUGUGAGUUCUGUGGGGUGCAGCUGGAAGAGGAGGUGUUGUUCCAUCAUCAGGACCAAUGUGACCAACGCCCAGCCACAGCAAACCACCAUGCUAUGGAGAGCAUCCCUACCCAGGAUUCCCAGCCUGAAGACACUUCACCAGAGCUGCCCAGGAGGCGGGUCAAACACCAGGGAGACCUGGCUUCAGGCUACAUGGAUGAUGUCAAACAGGAAGCAGCAAAAGGCUCCACCUACUCACUGUCUCCCAGCAGAACCAUGAACAACAUGACUACCUGUAACCCAGUGUUGAACUCCGCAUCAGGCCCCGGAUCUGAGUGCCAGCCUAGCCCUCCUCGUGUGCUGAAGCUUAACAACUCAGACAGCCAGGACAUCCGAGGGCGGAGUCGGGGCAGCCAGAAUGGGCCUGCAGCCUCUGGGCAUGCUCCAGUGAUCCACUCGAUUCGAAAUCUCUAUCCAGAAAACCUUGCGCCCUCUUUUCCUCAUGGGCCCCCUGGGAGGUAUGGAGCCAGUGGGAGGAGCGGAGGUGGUCGGAGCUCUCGGGUCGCCCCUGCAGCUGCCGGCUACCACAGCAGAGCUCCAAAGGCAAAGCCUCCGAAGCAGCAGGGGGCAGGGGAUGCAGAGGAGGAGGAAGAGGAGGAGUAGUGAGGACCAUGGGGCCCUUACCGCCCACCCUAUCAAGAGCAGCAUGGGCUGGUGCAGUGUCCAACUGCCCCUCAGGCUCAUCAAGAGACUCCAGACUUUAAUUUUCCCAGGUUAGGGCCGUUUUGUGUCUUUGCGAUUGUGCUGUGGGUGUUUGGGUGUGAGGGGGGCUAGCUAGGAGGCCCUGCUGCUCCUCUUGGGCAGCAGUGAGAUGAGUGCAUCUGUGGCCCUCUGGGCCCCUAAGGGCUCCAUCCUGAGACAGACAUACCAUCAUCACUGCUUCUUGGUGCUUUGUGGUCCUGGUGGACAGAGAGGAGGGUUCUGGGAACCUCAGAGUUACCAGUGAAGCAGUUCUAUCCCUGUGUGGGCCUAAGCUUGGGUUUACAGCAUGUUAGAAACAAGUUGAGCUACAGGUCCAUGGACUAGAGGCCACCUUGGUACUUGUGGGUCACCACCCUCUGUUCCUGAUGGGAGUGUACUGUUUUGUUCUCGAUGCCCCCACCAGGGCCACGCCUGCCUUUAUGCCUCUCCCUCCCCUUUUUAUUUUACUGUUCUAAUUAUCUAUUUCCUUGUAAUAGAAAUAAAGUUUGUAUUCAGAGCUCA